AGCAUACCAUACCAUAAUGGAUUCUUCCAGGAUUUGGCUCAGUACUGGCGCAUCAUCUGGGUUUGGACGCCUCAUGACCGAGCUCGCGCUCAAGAAAGGCGACAAAGUCGUUGCGACGCUGCGCAAGCCCGACGCCAUCGCCUAUCUUACCUCUGUCUUCUCUGCUGAGAGACUUCUACCCAUCGCACUCGAUGUGACGAAGCGCGAUCAAGUCAAGGACGCAUUUGCGAAGGCGUUCGAUCACUUCGGCCGGAUUGACAUUGUGUUCAACAACGCAGGCGUGCUGUUGCUAGCUGAGAUUGAGGCGACAAGCGAAGAGGAUGCACGCGCCAUGUUCGAGGUUAAUUUCUGGGGUGCCUCCCACGUCACUCAGGAGAGCUUGAGGGUGUUCAGGGAAGAAAACAAGCCCCGGGGCGGAAGACUCAUUCAGGCAUCGUCAGGGGCAGGGGCAUUGGGCACCCCAGCGAACGGGUAUUAUUGUGCAACUAAACACGCAUUAGAGGGUCUCAGUGAGGCAGCAAUGGACGAAGUUGACCCCUCUUGGAACAUCAAGGUCACCAUCGUUCAAUUCGGCGCCUUUCGCACGAAGAUUCUCGGAGAAAACGUCAACAUCACUCCAAACCAUCCAGCAUAUGACGGCAAAGAGUUUGCUAGCUGGCAGAUCCGCAAGUUUCUCAUGAGUUCGAGGGUCACGGGCGAUGCAGAGAAGGCUAUUGUGCAGGUGGAACGGCUUUCGCGUCUCGAGAACCCGCCCCGGCGCUUGCUGCUGGGUAAGACGCUGUUGCCGAUAGUGCGGAAAAAAGUGCAUGGGUAUAUGAGCGAGUUGGAUAGUUAUGAGUCGUGGUCGGAUGACCUUGAUAUAGAAGCCGCAAAGUAGGUUUCACUGACGCAGUUUACGAUGUGUGAACAAUAUCCGGCAAUACUUUGAAGAACCAAGAGUGAUAGUACAUCGUUAGAUUAGAUAUCAAUUGGUAGGUUGGAGCUCGCGCGGCUCGAGCACCAGAGGUAAUGCCUCGAGCGUGGGCCAUGCUUCGGGCCCGAUGUUCAUGCAUCUUUCAACAGUCAAUCUUUGUAGAAUGCAUCCUUGGGCAGCGCGAGCAACUAUGCACGAUGCCAGAGAAUCAACGUGAGGUUGUCCGAAGGGCGCAAAAUCGACGUCGGGCAGCGAGAGCACCUCCAGCAGCGGUACCGGAACGUCAUCCGCGGGAGAACCUUUCGGAGGUAGAAGGGCGUCGACGAGCCAAACGAGAUUGAUGUGUGAUGCUUUCAACGAUAUCAGCGAGGGAAUUGAGCUGAAGAUUGCGGAAAGGGUUGCGUAUGAAAAGUCAGGGAAGCGCUGGCCCGACUGCUGGAUAUCGAGGUGCACCACAGAACGCAGCGAAAAUGUAUGCGACAGCUCUGCCACUAUGUUGAUAGCCUCACCGCGGAAGGCUGAUCCCAUAUAAAUAGACGGAGGCGGCUCAAGGAAAGGAGUGGUCAAAUUAGCGUCAAAGGCUGGACUGGAAAGGGGAGGGGAGGGUGUUAGCUUGCUGGCGUGAGCAAGUGAGACGAGCCGAGAAGCGCUCAUGGUGGCUCGGUUCUGCGGCCAAGCGGCUAAAUAUAGAUUGGUGGAAUCAUUGCGGAACCUUGGUGUCCCGAGGCAGAGAACGGAAUGGUACCCAGAGAGGUCGAGAGCUGUGCCAUCAGCGAGUCCCGUGAUGGAAUGGUGCGUAACAAAAAGUUCGCGGCUGGCUGAAAGAAAUGGACGCGGAGGAGUAGAGCGAUAUGCGUCGUCUAGCCCGAAGGAGUCCAAGGGACGGGUAAGUCGAAGGGAAAACAAUAAACGUUGGCAUUGAUAAAUGGAAUCCAUGACGUGGAGUCGUUUCAGACACGGCAUUUCCAGACGACGAUCCUCGAUUCCUUUUAUCUGUGCGAGAGCCGAACAAAGUGCGAGCUCUUCAAGCGCCGACAUGCCCUCCAGAAAACAUGAAUCAAUAUCGAAGCUUGGCGAAUCCAGAUGCAGUCGCUUGAGCCUGCUAGUGUCGACCAGCUGAGUUUCGGAGAUAGGUGGCCAAAAGCCUGGUGUACACCUCAAGCUUAGUGCUUCGAGGCAUGCCUCCCUGCUUUGAUUCGCACGGCCUUGUUUUACGAGCUCCUUGAUGACUGCGGUGAGCGAUUCAAAGUCGACAUCGAGGACCAGUUCAUCCGUGCAACCUGUGCUUGCUAGCACCAGUUCUACAGCAUCCUUGUUUUGAAACCUGAGAUGUGCCGACACUUGAACAUGGCUACUCCCCGCGCGGGACAGCAUCUCAGCCGCCCGCCGGGGAAGCGCGAUAACAGGACGGGUCCAUAACGCCGGGCACUCAAGGGCGACGGCGCGCCAAUGGCGGCAGACAUAGGUGACGUUGAUCCAGUACAAGAGACAUGAUGUCUCGCAGAAGUGGAACUGCCAAGCACAUCUGUCCUGAUCGUGAGCCAGAGCC